ACAUCCAUAUUGAUCCCCUAUACCUGUCUAAAAGUGAUCCCCAAGAAUCGUGUCACCGUAAAAAUGAAAGCGAUUCUUCGGCAAAUACGGCCGGAACAUUUGGGACCCUUCUUUCUUAUUGUGAUACUCCCUACACGUUAACCAACGUCACCUUUUCAUUCUUAAAAUCAAACAUCAGUGAUAUCGAUUUUAUAAUUUAUACUGGUGACUUUGUUAGGCACGAUCGUGACAAAUUGAUUCCAAGAACCAAAGAGGAAGUUAUUCUCGGAUAUGAGAUUGUU